CACUCUUGCUCUUCCCUCGGACGAAAUACUAUGAUUCCAGAGUCAGGGUGGGAUUGUGAAUAUGUUUCAUCGGGCCCCGGGUCAGAUGAGUCGCACCCGUAGCUCGCUGAGUUGUCUGGACCAAUCGGCACCCAAAGCCUCGAGGCAAAACAUCUCGUUCCGAUCGGUCAGAUGCUCCACAGUGCGGUCCGGUACCGGACCCCCACUCUCAUCAAGAACUCUGGAGAUAUAUCUGAGCCCUCGCCGCCGAGCGCAGACCCCGCCCACGACGACACGACAUCGCCUUCACGAGCCAUGGCCCCCAGCAUCCGCAUCGACACGACGCACACCGUCGCCCCCAUCGACCCGCGCAUCUACUCCGGAUUCACGGAGCACAUGGGGCGCUGCAUCUACGGCGGGAUCUACGACCCGGAGAACCCGAACAAGGACCUGAUCGAUGAGAAGGGGUUCAGGAAGGACACGCUCGCGGCGCUCAAGGCGCUCAACGUGCCCGUUGUACGAUACCGGGGGGAAACUUCGUCAGCUCGUACCGCUGGCAAGGUGCGUCGCUUGGCAGGUUUGCGCGAGGCCGCUCCUGAUCAUAGAUGGAUAGAUGGGAUCGGACCGAAGGAGCUGCGCCCCCGCCGACCUGAGCUUGCGUGGCUGACAGAGGAGAGCAACCAAUUCGGCACUGACGAAUUCAUGGAAUACUGCCGCGCGCUGUCCGCCGAGCCGUACAUGUGCCUCAACAUGGGCACCGGCACGCUCGAGGACGCGCUGGCGUGGCUCGAGUACUGCAACUCGUCCGCGAACACCCACUAUGCGAAUCUGCGCCGCAAGAACGGCCACGCGGAGCCGUACGGCGUCAAGUACUGGAGUCUGGGGAACGAGGUCUGGGGGCCGUGGCAGGUCGGCCAGAUGACGGCAGAGGAUUACGCGAAGAAGGCCUAUCAGUGGGCCAAGGCGAUGCGGUUGUUGGAUCCGAGUAUCAAGCUUAUCUCGUGCGGAGAGACUGGAUUCGCGGAUUGGGAUCGGGUGACGCUGAAAGUCCUCGCACCUGUUGUAGAUUUCCACUCGAUUCACUUGUAUACCGUCAGCGAAGGCAACCACGAUGUGAAUGUAUUUGGUCCGGCUGCGGCCGAAAAGGGCAUCGAGAUCAGCAAGUCUCUCAUCGAACUUGCCAAGAUCGAGGGCAAGUUGGAAAAGGACUUGUCGGUCUGCUUUGAUGAGUGGAACGUUUGGGAUCCCGUCCGUGCCCCUGGUGAAAAGGGUGCAGAGGAGCAUUACGAUUUAUCAGACGCUCUGGCGGUCGCUUCAUGGUUGAACGUUUUCGUCCGGAAAGCAGACGUCGUAAAGAUCGCAUGCAUUGCCCAGAGCGUGAACGUUAUCUCACCGAUCGUCACGUCUCCUGAAGGCCUAUUCAAGCAGACAACCUACUACCCUCUCCAACUUUUCGCGACACUCAUGCAGGGCACGGCGCUGAAUAUCAACGUCACCACCUCCGCCGCGUCGGACGUCUACUCGGGACCGACCGUCCCGCCCUGGAUCGCGAGCCUCGCGAAACACGUCCCGUCCCCGCCCGCGCACGCCUCCGGUCACCCGCUGAACUGGAUCGACGCGUCGGCCGUGCUGUCGCCCGACGGCAAGGAGGUCCGCGUGGCGAUCGUGAACCGCCACCCGACCGACGCGUUCGAGGUGCCGGUCGAGUUCGGGUACGGCGUAGCGGUGAAGGGGGUGCAGGUGCAUGAGGUGUGGGGCGAGCAGCUGGGCGUGCGGAACGAUUUCCAGAGCAAGGGCGGGGAGAAGAUACAGACGGUCAAGAGCGAGGUCAAAUGGAAGGGCACUUGGGAGUUUCUCGUAUUUCCACUGGAACCAUGAACUGUGCAACCUUCAGGGGCGCCAGUAGAUCCCCAAGCUAUACCUAGCUUGUUAAUUGCGCGAAAUUACAAUGUGGUUGUAUGUUACGUUGAACAAGGACUCAGUUCCGCUCGUCUAUAUGUCUGAAAAAAGCCAUUUUCUGUGUGUUAAGGAUCCUGAGAGAUGGUUCGAUCUAUUUUACAAAUCCUUGACCACUGCUUGCAUAUCUAACAGCAAGCUUGUGUUGACAACGGAGUUCUGUAAUUGCUCUCACAGAGAGUGCAUUUGUUUGGCCAUAAGCCAACAGGCAUUUUGGCAUGGCAUGCCAACAAAUCACGUAUGUACAUGCCUGCCUGAUUGCAAUCAAUUUACCGCUGAGCAUAUGCCCAAGUCGGAUCAAGCCGAUUUCUGUGAGGGGGCCAUGCCGCUUGGCCAAUCCGAACAUGUCGGUGUCGGGAUCAACAAUGAUGUAUCAGCGCUUCACAGGUUCAUCAAAACAAGGUGUGCAUGUCCACGCGAUUUGCCCUGUAGACACAUUCUGCGCGCUCCUAGGCUUAUCUUUCAUCGGGGAAGGUUGACCUCCACGGUACUAGGCCCCUGCUAGGCUGAGAUGCGAGGUUUUGGCGCGCCCGUGUCUGGACUGUGGAGCUAUCCCGAAGAUGAUCUAAACUGUCAUGGGUGUUUGUCAAUAACGACAUGUGUGCCAGCAAAUCAGGUACCCCCUGGUUUCAGUGUCCCAUAUCUGACAUGUGAGGUCAGCGUGGUACUUCUAUCCGAGUGUCUGCUGACGGUCCAUUUGAUACAGCGGGGUACCCACCAAUUGCUUGACAAUGAUCACUAACCGGGCGGAACUCACGCCGAACAAGCAACGGACCACAUGGGAAAACACAUAUGGGUCUCGACAUGGGGCGCAUGGAAGCACUCUUCAUAAAUGGAUGGUCUAUCAUCCAGCCACAUUUCAAUGACAAACUAGAGCGGGAAUCUGGCACUUCCACUCAUACGCGCCAGUUCCGUCACCUCUGCUUCGCUCAAACCCAACCCCAGGGGCGGGGCCGCAAGAAGCAGGGCAUAUUCACCCAUCAAGGAGUUGCAGAACGGGAGCGUGUCAUCGGUCUCCACCGUAUAAGAAUCAACGAUAGGCAAACCCGGGAAGCCUGAGUACUCACGCAGAUGGCAAUCGGGUGCUUGUGCUGCAAGUAGUAUCGGAUGUGAUGAGCCUCGAGAGUCGAGACUGUUUUGCAUCUGGAAUUGGAGGGAUGGUCUGUGGGCCAUGGCGACGAAUGACGGCAGCACAUACAGCAGAUUCGAAGAGAGGCAGAUCUCGAUGCACAUGUCGUUCUUUCGCACGAAUUCGCGGGCUUCGGCAUUGAGGAAUGUCGCGUGACCGAGUCGAUUCGGCAGAUAUGAGAGCAGCCGCAUAGUUUCAGCGUCACUGUUCGCUUCCGUCUUACCCACUCGUCAACUGAGCUCGAUGCAGAAGAACAGAAAACGUACCUCUGCGAUGUGGAGAGUGAUUCCGAGCCCGGCAGCUUUAGCGCGCGCGAAAUACUCGCCGAGGAUAUCCAUGUCACCGGCCUACACGAUCCGCAUUAGCUUUCCUGGCGCGCGAGUGGACGAGCCCCCAGCACACCUGCGGAUCCCCACAUAGAUCGACACCGACAACCCUGCGACCAGCUUUCCUCAGCGCGCACGCCACAUCGAUGCACUCCUCAAGCACCUCGGCACUCAUGCGGCGAUCGAGACUGACUAUGAGCGCAGCCCGAUCAGCCGGAUAACGCUCCACCUCGUCUAAUACCGCACACACGUAUUGCAUGCGCGACAUCUCUGCCGUCUCACGCGGUGUGCUCCGAAGCUCGAGGUAUGCGCACUGGGCCCCGGGGGCGGCGCCCGACACAUCGUCACCGAGGAAGUCGACCAAGACGGCCCUCGCCGCGCGACGCAGGCUCGACGGACUCGACGUCAGGGCGUAUAUGGCCGGGAAAAGACCGAAAAAGUCACCCAGCUGAUCCAGCACCACGCCGUCUGCGAGAACUUUGAUGCCCUCUGGAAUCGAUUCUCGUUCCCUUCCUGCGUUGGCCUCCCGCGCCAUGUCUUGAAGGGUGGAUAUGGGAAUGCAUCCAUUGAGAUGGGCGUGGAGUUCUGCUUUUGGAAGAGAUUGGAGGAAUGUGAUCUGGAAUGGUGUUAAAGAGGAGAGAGCCAGCGCGCAGGGCCCCAAAAUGCGAUUGGUGGAAUGUGACAUCCCGGUGUCAGUGGUAAUGAAAACCUUACGCAACGAGGUUUUUGAAGGCUGGAUUAUACGAUGUGCGAGUUGUAGUCAACGAGCGCAGGAUGAGGGAGAGGAUUUACUCUAAGAUUUAUCAUCGAUUUAUCAUACAUUUAUCAUCCGAUUAGUCUGCGUUGGCCUCACGUAAAAUUUGUUGGUCUCACGCGGGCAUAUUGCCGUAAGCAGGAUGCAUCGUGGCCAUCAAAUCUUAUCGCUUCUAUCCCGUCACUCCCUCUCAAGUCCGGACUGCCACUGAAUGACCGUCGAGCCGAAACCAGACCCCACAACUCUCAGGAUGUCAGGCACCGAUGUCAGAAUUGGCCCGUCGACCAUGUGGUCCGUCUGCCAUUCGUGAGCAUUCGUGACAAUGGCGCCAACCGGAAGGUGCGAUCCCGGGCGGCGGGUGAAUACUUGGCCCAGUAUAUAACCGCUUUUUCUUCACAACUUUUCACCCCUCCUCUUCCCCUUUCCUUCUCGAAAGACCUUGACGUUCCAUGGCCGGCCUUCAAACCGACAUCGACGCCCUCGCGGCUCAGUCCGAGGUCAUCAAGCAUAAGAAGGAGUACGAGAACGAGAAGACCUCGGUCGUGUCAGCGAGCGAUGACGCGGAGGAGUGGAAGGGCGAUCCCUCGGAUGACCCCCACGCCGGACUCGAGUUCCCGACCGACGAGGAAAUCGCUACUUUGCGAAGGGUGUCGGACAAGCUGCCCUGGAGUGCUUAUCUUAUCGCCUCUGUGGAGGCUGCCGAGCGCUUUUCCUUCUACGGCUCGAGCGUGGUGUUCACCAACUAUGUGCAGCACAAGAUGCCUGCUGGGUCCCGCACCGGCGCCGGUGGACCGCUCGGGCAAUCCGGCGCACUGGGCAAGGGGCAGCAGACUAGCACGGGUAUCGGCACGUUCUACCAGUUCUGGUGCUACUUGACACCCCUUCUCGGCGCAUACAUCGCCGACGCACACUGGGGCCGGUACAACACCAUCCUGGUCGCCGUCUUCAUUGCGCUCCUCGGUCACAUCAUCAUGAUCAUAUCUGCUCUCCCUCCUGUCCUUGAGCACCCGAACUCAGCGUUCGGCGUCUUCAUCCUGUCGCUUAUCGUCACAGGCUUCGGCACUGGGCUGUUCAAGUCCAACAUCUCGCCUCUCGUUGCGGAGCAGUACCGUCGUACGAAGCUCUUCGUGGAGACGACCAAGAGCGGGGAGCGGGUGAUCGUCGACCCUACCAUGACCGUGUCGCGAUUGUACAUGUACUUCUACCUGUUUAUCAACAUCGGUGCGCUGGUUGGUCAGAUCACUAUGGCCUACUCCGAGAAGUACGUCGGGUUUUACCUGUCCUUCACGCUGCCUACCGUCGUCUUCCUCUUCUGCCCAAUGGUCCUGCUCGCCGCACGCAAUCAGUACCGCCGCAGCCCACCGACGGGAUCCAUUCUUGCCACCUUCCUGAAGAUGUUCGCCUUCGCUUGCCGGGGCAAAGUCUCGCUUAACCCUGUGUCGACGUUCAAGAAGUUGACGGGGCCCGACUUCUGGGAAGGCGUCAAGCCGAGCCGGGUCGCACCCGAGGCUCGCCCGCGGUGGAUGACUUUCGACGACAAGUGGGUCGAUGAGGUUGCGCGUGGCAUCAAAGCGUGCUGGGUCUUCUUGUGGUACCCGAUCUACUGGCUGACCUACAACCAACUGAACAACAACCUCACAUCGCAGGCUGGAUCAAUGGAGACGCAUGGACUGCCGAACGACGUGUUGUCCAACUUGGACCCGUUGGCGCUGAUCAUCUUCAUCCCCAUCUGCGAUCAGGUGAUCUACCCUGCGCUGCACCGAUGGGGCAUCAACUUUACCGCUCUCAAGAAAAUCACGGCUGGCUUCUUCACUGGGGCUGCAGCCAUGGCAUGGGCUGCCGCUGUGCAACACUACAUCUACAAGCGCUCGCCAUGUGGCUACAAUGCCACCUCAUGUGCUGAUGCAGCUGGCAAUGUCAUCCCCGCACCGCUCAACGUGUGGAUCCAGACCGGAUCCUACGUGCUCGUCGCGUUCUCUGAGAUUCUGGCGUCUAUCACCGGGCUCGAGUACGCUUUCACCAAAGCACCCAAGAACAUGCGCUCGCUUGUGAUGUCCAUCUUCCUGUUCACCUCAGCCAUCUCGGCUGCGAUCGGCGAAGCAUUCGUCUCGCUCUCAACCGACCCGCUGCUCGUAUGGAACUACGGCUCCAUGGGUGUUAUCGCCGCUGUGGCGGGCAUUCUCUUCUGGCUGCACGUCCGGGGCCUCGACAAGCGCGAGGACGAGCUCAACCAGUUGGCGACGGGAACUCUUCAAGCCCCUACAGGAUUUGUGUCGCAGCAGGGCCAAGUGGGCAAGGAUGAGGCCCUUACGAAGCAAGCAUAAAAAGAUUUGUAAUGAAUUGUAUGUAACGUACGACGCGUAAUGACAGGAGACCGAAUCCCCCACGAGACGAGGGUUGCACACGUUUCAUAGAGUGAGGAGUCUCACCACAUGCAAAGCUUGUCUGGGCACUGCCUGGCGCUUCCUUUUGGCAGAGGGGUUCCUAUUUCUC